CGCAUCGCGAUGUGCACGGAUCCUGCGGCCAAUAGAGAGAUGCGUGUAUGUGGGCAUGUGUGCGUGCCAGAAGUAUUUAAAAGUCGAUAGAAACGUGCUCCUGGAAGGGUACAUAUGAGUAUAUAUAUAUAUAUGAGAAUAAUAAGUACGGACACGGACCGUAUGUCUACAGAGACAGACAGCAACUGCCCGGUUCCCCCUGCCCCCAGUUUAAUAGCAACCCGGGAGUUUAAUAGCAAAAUGAACAAAGGGAAUACACACCCGCAGCCGGUGGUAGAAUGUGUAUUCUACUUCAAAUAAUCCAUGUUACUGUUGUCCCAGAAGUAAAUGCUAAAAUGGUGUGUCUGUGUGUGGUCGUAGAUCGCAAAUCGUGUAUUGCGCAAAUUGUGUAUUGUGCUCAUCCUCUCCAGUUGGUUCUACACCGAGUGGCAUCAAAAAAACAAGAAAAAAAUAUAAUAAUAUGGAGAAGGGACUCAUCCCAACCUACCGGUACUACGCAGUCCGAGUGCGAAUGGAGAAGGGCGUGAAGUGUAGAUUAUGAUUUGAAUGAUGGUGGUACGAGCUAUUAAGGAGGAGAAGUCUUCCAAGGACAAGGAAGAACCCGUUGUGUAUCCCAGUUUUCACGAUCAUGACAAGACAACCGCGGCUCCUCCUUCUCCAUUGCGCAGUCUAAUUUAUUUGUCAUGCAGCUACUUAACGGUUAUAGAGCGCGGAGACGAACGACAGGCGAAGAUCGAAGCAGGCUUACUACCUUUUAGUGUACACUACUAGACCGGAGAGUUGUCCGGCGCCGCCUGUGUUUUUGGUGUAAGUGUAAGUGUACCGACAUGGCGGGCGGCACUAGGUUGCUAGGAUUGCAUAAAAUUGUCCCAGAACAGCGCAAGUAGCCCCCACCGGCUGCAACAUGUGCGCGUGUGCUUGUGAAUGUUCUCUCUCUCUCUCAAUCGAAUAGCGACUAUAAUCACGAACCGGAUCAUCAGAGAUGGUUGCCUUGCUCACGGACGAGCGAAGCAGGUUCCAUUUGUUCCGACAAUGAUUCAUUCGACAAGAAACGAAGAGAAGCAAAAACCCAACAUUACACUGCACGCCAAGCAGCUUGCUGCAGCACGCGUGACCAGUGGCCAAGCAGACAGAUCAGCUGAGAUAGAGCGCGUGCAGGGUGCAAUUGCGAUGCAGCAGCACCGGAACACACGGGUGAAUUCGAAAUCACACAAUGACGACGACGACGACGAUAAUGAAGAAGCACAGAUAGCGUCGUCGGCGGAAACGAGGGCGUAGUGGGAAAGUGAAUAAACGAUUAAAGAGAAAACCCGAGAAAAAACGAUAUUUGUAAAAAGCAAAUAUUUAUAAUUCUAAUAAACUAAUGAAAAAGAUGAAGUCAGGA